AUGGGCUUUUUAAAGACGUUUCUUCCGCCGGGCGAUCGCUAUGCGGCACUCUUGCUUUACGGCAUGGUGCUGUCGACAUGCUUCAAUGGAUACGACGCAGGUAUCAUGACUGUUAUUCUUGCAGAUAGCCAGUUUAUCGAGUACUAUAGCGUUGAUGCCAAUCGCUCUGGUAUUAUUGCUUCCAUUCCGUGGGCAGCCACUGGCGUCGCGCAACUCUUCCUUGGGGGUACCCUCGCAGGCCUCUUAGGACGUCUAUGGGCCCUCCGUAUUUCAAUUGUCAUCAUGAUUGUUGGGGUCGUAGUACAGUCAGUACCGAAUACGUUUGGAGUCCUUAUCCUCGGCCGACUGUUAAGUGGCCUUGGCUUUGGGUGCGUGUACAUAGCAACGAGUCUCUAUGUCGCGGAAUGCUCACCCAAAGCGCUGAGAGGGAGUUUUGUCGGCACAGUCACGCAAUUCGGCUACCAGCUAGGAACCCUAAUUGCGUUUUGGGCAGGCUACGGCAUGUCUUUCCACGAUCACCCGUUCAACAUUGCAUGGCGCGUUUCAAACUUGAUUCAAAUACCAAUUGGUCUCUCUUUCAUCUUCAUAUCCUUCUGGUACCCCGAAUCGCCGCGAUGGGUACUUGAAAAGCACCCAGAAGACACAGAUCGUGUGAUGAACAUUUUAUGCAAACUUCGUAUGGGAACUCCAGACUCUACUCAUGUGCAGGAAGAGUACCACGAGCUCAUGGCAUCAUAUCUCUAUCGCCAACGCUUUAAAUCUGGCUAUAUCCGAAUCUUCACCUCAGCAGCCCUGAGAAAACGCCUCCUAUACGGUUUUUAUGCUACAGCGCUUCAGCAAGCCGGAGGUAUCGCCGCGUUGACCAUGUAUGCCGCGAUAAUUUAUAAAUCGCUGGGCUGGGAUAAAGGCCAUCAGGCUUUGGCCAUCAAUGGCAUUCAGGCAGUUUUGCAACUCUUCAUUGUGCUUAUUAACACUGUAACCGUCGACCGUUUCGGUAGGAAGGCACUAUUGAUUGCGGGAUUCUCAAUCCAAGUCCUGGCAUUACUCAUAAUGUCUAGCCUAACGACUGCAUUCCCUCAUAACGAUAACAAGCCGGCGGCCGUCAUGGAGGUUGUAUGUCUCUUCAUUGUUGGCAUGACAUAUUGUUGGUCAAAUGGUCCAAUCGCCCCUGCCAUCGCGUCGGAAAUUUUUCCGCAAGAAGUUCGAGACAAGGCGUUUGGCAUUUCUCUGCUUGGACAGACCGCAUGUCUCUUGGCAAUCACCCAACCCUGGCCGAAGUUUAACGAGGAAGUUGGCGGGAGAAGCUACUGGCUUUUGCUAGGACUUAACACCCUUUGUUUGCUAAGCGUGAUAUUUAUUCUCCCGGAAACCAAGGGAGUAUCCCUAGAGCGCAUGGAUGCAAUAUUUGGCGAGAUUGAUGCCGUCGAAGCUGGCGAGGAGGCUCACAGAGACAAACUGGAGAUGGUGGAUGUAAAACAAGAAGAAGUGACUUUGGGGACUGAAAUGAAAGGGUAG